AUGAUAUCGGACAACGGAACACAGUUUGUGGACAAGAAAAUUAGGGAGUUCCUCGUGGGCCUAAGGAUAAAACAAAGGUUCUCAUCGGUAGAACACCCCCAGACCAACAGCCAAGUCGAAGCUGCGAACAAAGUCAUCCUCAAAGGCCUGAAAAAGCGACUCGACCAGCGGAAAGGAGUGUGGGUAGACGAACUAGCAUCAGUCAUGUGGUCGUGUAGAACAACACCUCAGUCUUCCACCGGAAAAACACCUUUCCGACUCACCUACGGGGUUGACGCAGUAAUCCCUGCAGAUAUCGGAGAGCCAAGUCCACGGCUACACCUGGGUGGCAUAGAAGAGGCCGUGGAAAAGGACAUGGUCUAUGAAACCAAAGAAAUGGCACACUAG